AUGACAACAUUCCGUUUAGCAACAAUCAAUGUAGAUUCUUUUGAUAGACCUCCUAGUAUGUCAAGUAAUAUUUCUGAAUUAAUAUCAAUUCUUGAACCAUUCAAUCUCGAUAUAAUCGCCGUUCAAGAAAUUCAAAAUAAUGAUAAAUGGAAAGAAUUUUCUCGACGUCUUUCUUUAUCUUUUUCUGUAUAUGGACCAUCUAAUGGAACUUUUUGUAAUGGUAUUGCUUCUCGAUAUCCAAUUCGAUAUGCUAUUGAAAAUGUAACAUUUGCUGUAAUACAUUUAGAUUAUUUAGAUGAAGAUGAUCGAUUAAAACAAAUUAAAGAAUUUAAUCCAUAUGAACAUAAUAUUGAUAUACUAAUGGGUGAUAUGAAUGCAUUGACAAGAGAAGAUUAUUCAGAUGAUUAUUAUCGUAAUAUUGUUGUUGAAAGACGUGAAAAAUCUAAUUGGGAAAAACCUCAUUUUGAUUUAACUCAAUUAAUAACAUAUGAAUGGAAUUAUCAAGAUGCUUUUAAAAAGAUAAAUCCAACAUUGAAGAAUGAACAAGUAGCAACAUGUCCAUAUGGAACACGAAUUGAUUAUAUUUAUAUACAUCCUCGUAUUUAA